UUUUUUUUUUUUUUUUUAAUUUUUUAUCCCCCCCCCCCCUUUUUCCUUCUCUUCUCUACUCUCUCUCUCUCUCUCCCUUUUUUUUUUUUUUUUUUUUUUUUAAAUGUAUAACUUAAUGGGUCUGAACAGCACGGCCGUAGCUCUUCAGCCCAAUGUGUCCUGCACAUGCAACUGCAAAAGGUCUUUGUUCCAGAGCAUGGAGAUCACGGAGUUGGAGUUUGUACAGAUAAUCAUAAUCGUGGUGGUGAUGAUGGUGAUGGUGGUUGUGAUAACCUGUCUGCUGAACCACUACAAACUCUCUGCGCGAUCCUUCAUCAGUCGGCACAGCCAAGGGAGGCGGAGAGAUGAGAAUCUGUCAUCAGAGGGCAGCCUGUGGCCGUCGGAAAGCACGGUGUCGGGGAACGGGAUAGCAGAGCAAAUCUACACCCCGAGGCCCAGCGACCGGCUGGCGGUGCCGUCGUUCCUGCAGAGGGACCGCUUCAACAGGUUCCAGCCCACCUACCCCUACCUGCAGCACGAGAUCGACCUGCCCCCCACCAUCUCGCUGUCGGACGGCGAGGAGCCCCCCCCGUACCAGGGACCCUGCACGCUGCAGCUGCGCGACCCCGAGCAGCAAAUGGAGCUCAACAGGGAGUCGGUGCGCGCGCCCCCCAACAGAACCAUCUUCGACAGUGACUUGAUAGAUAACUCCGUGUACGGGGGGCCGUGCCCCCCCAGCAGUAACUCUGGCAUCAGCGCGACCUGCUAUGGGAGCAAUGGCAGGAUGGAGGGACCGCCGCCGACCUACAGCGAGGUGAUCGGGCACUACCCCGGGUCGACGUUUUACCAGCACCAGCAGAACAACAGCGGGAUGCCCUCACUCUUGGAGGGCAGCAGACUCCAUCAUUCACAAAUCAAUGGCCUUGAGAGCACAACCGCGUGGAACAAAGAGAAAGAGAAACAAAAAGGGCACCCCUUUUAAAAAAAAAAAUAAAAAAGAAAAAAAAAAGGAAACGAAAAAAAAGAAAAAGGCAAAAAGGAAAAAAAAAGAAAGUUAAAUGAAACACUCUGCACUUCUCAUUAAAAGAAAAAGGAGAGAGAUUGAGAGUUGAGGAAGAUGAGCAAAGAAAAAAAAAGCCCUUCCCCAUCUCUCCAUGUAUAAAUAUUUACUUGUUAUGUCUGGUCUGAAUGCACAAGCCUACAAAGCUUGCAAAAACAUUUCUUUAUUGAGCUGUGUCUAGACGUUUAAAAAGGAAAAAAAAAUCAACUGUAGUCCUUUUUUUUUGUUUCUAGUUGAGCUGUGUGUGAAUGCUUUUUUUUUUGUUUGAUUAUUUCACUUAACUUUAAAGACAAAAUAUUUGCACAAAAAACAUUUUGUUUAAAGAUCUGCAAUAUAAAUAUAUAAAUAUAUAUUAAAAAUAAGAGAAAGUGUAUGUGUAAGGAGCAGGAGUAUUUUUGUAUUAGAAGAGGCCUAUUCAAAAAAAAAAAGUUGUUUUCUGAACUAGAAGAAAAAUGGCAAUUUUUUGAGUGCCAACUCAAAAAGCGUGUAUUACGUUGUAAAAAAAAAGGACAAAAAAAAACAAAAAAACAAAAAAAAAUCAAAAGCAGGGGUUUAGAGUUAUUUAUAUAAAUGUUGAAAUUUUGCACUAUUUUUUAAUAUAAAUAUGUCAGUGCUUGUGUUGGUCAAAGCCUCUAUCAUGUCUACCAUGCAACCGUUAAGGGAUAUUUGUCAAAGUGAAGAACAAAGUAGCUGGAAGGGGGUGGAAAAAGCGCUAAGGAGGAAACGGCAGCCCCGCGAGGAGCGCAGCGAGCCAGACUGCAUCACACGCAACGCCUUCAUUUCCAGCGGCCCCACGGGAGGCCAGCGUUCCCUAUAAAGUUCCCUGCGUUCCCUACAAAGUUCCCUACGUUCCUACAAAGCAGGAGGAGUCGGUGCGCGUCCGCAUGUCAGCCAAGAGGGUUUGGGGAGUGCAAAGGUAAAAAAAUAAAAUAAAAAUUCCUGCUUCCGAGAGCCAGUAAUGGCAGAAGCAGACAAAAAUUACUUGAUUUUUUUUUUUUUUUUUUUUUUUUUUUUUGGACAACCUCUAACUUUUUGGAGGGGGGUGGUGGGGAUGAGAAUAAACUUCUGUGUCUGAAGGAACAAAGCGUUUUUUGGUUUAUUUCUUUCGAUGUUAACCUGAAGGGCCCUGCUUGGAGAUCAGUCAUGUGGAAGUCGAUGUGAGUAAAUGGUACCUUGCCCACCGGCUGCCUUUCGGAGGGGGUUUCGAUAUCUCGCUGAAAGGCCGAGCUGAAAACUGUGUUGUUCGGGGAAGUCGUUUUCGGUUUAUAUGAAAAUCCCAAACCCGUAUGUGGAAUGGAAGCGCGCAGUCGGGCCUCAAACCUGCAGCUCCCUGGGCUGCCUCUGGUCAUUGCUGUUUUUUGCUUUAGUAUCCUAGCGAAAGAGGCGUAAAGUACGGUAGAUGGAAACGAAUCUGCUCCUGUGAUGUAUUAACUAAAGGCUAAAGAAAAACGCUUAAUGCUUUAGAAGCAAAAACCCUUUACCUCUUCUGAAGAUUUCUUCAUUCAAAACGGCACCGUCCCUCGCCCGCCAGCGUCCUCCCCUCCGGAUGUCGUGCGUCUUUUAAUUUAUCUCCGUUUCAGAAGCGUUUUGUCUUAACUAUGCUAUUGUUUACAUAUUUUUUUUUUGUACCGCGUAGAUGUUUUCGGGUAGGUGUUUUUGCCCUCAUGGUGAAUUUGUACGUGACAGAGCGAGUGAGUGAGGAACCCGAAGGGAGAAGCCGCGGCCGGCACCGGGAAGGGCGGGCAGGGCAAGUGCGGGGAGCCAAGGUUUGGCGAGGAGGUGCGAUCUCGUUUUCUGCAGGAUGCUAUCUAGUAGAGUGACAUAAAUGAAAGAUAUAAAGGCAAUAACUAUUGUUUUUAAGCAACUUUUCUAUUACUUGAACAAAAAAAAAAAUAAGCAUGAGAACAGUUUUGAAGUUCUGACCAUUUGAACAAUAUUUAUAUAUAUUUUAAAGAAGACGAAGAAUAGCUGAACUUGAAGUUUGAUCGUUUUUUGCUUUUUUUUUCAUUUUUUGCCUAGAAAUAGUCAUGUACCUUCUCAGUACUUCAAACCACUUUUUCACAGCUCUCAAAAUCUUCAUAGCUUUACAGUCGUGCAACCUAAAUUUUAAUGACCUUAAAAACCUAAAAAAAAAAAAAAAAAAAAAAAAAAGCCACAAAAAAAAAAAAGUCCUGCAAAGGAGAAUAACUAGUUUGUCAUGAAAGGUACAAAACUGAUGAAUUUAUACGAGUUUUUAAAGACGUAUCUUUCCUUUAUGUAACAUGUCUAUUUAGUGCCUUAUUAACGAAACAGUAACCCUCCCUUUUUUCAAGAGGGGAAAAACAAAAAUCAUCAUUAGCGUCACAAGUAACCAGCGUCUGGUCUCUUGCUCCUUCGGACCUUGCGUUCACUUUUCCAAUUCCUCGUUGCAGCGGGGACUGCUGCUGCCGGCACCGCUCCCCUCCCGGCUGAGCCAGCUCCAUGUGCCGAGCCGCGCGCGGUGCUCCCUCUGCCACUUGGGUUCUUGGACUCUUUGUAAGGUAACUUGAAUACAUUUAUGCACAUCGCCUACCUGCCCGGGUAGGAAACUGUGGUGGAUAUUGUAAAUGAGAUACCAACCAAAAGACAAACUGAAAUAUAAUAUCUACUGCCCUCUUGAGCCAAAACGCGUGAAUAGUGUUGUUGGGUUUUGUUGGGGGGGGUGGGGGGGGGUUGCUCUGUGACCUAAACUAGUUUGUUUGCUACAAAAAAAAAAAAAAAUAAUGGUUACCUCAGCAGGUUUUGGGUGGAAUAUGCAUCACACAUCUGAAACUGAGUAGUGAGGAAGGAGGUGUCAUCGGGACCGGAGGUUGUUAAGUAGCCGAGUUGUCUUGUGGCGUGGCAGUGCUCUGGGCACGGAGCCCCCAGAGGAGGCAGCAAGGGGCUGGAGCUCGUGGAGACACCCAGGGGUGUGCGAGAGGGGCUAGGCGUGCAGUGCAGCUCCGGUGCUUUGAAGUCCUUGAAAUUUCAACUGGUUCUCUCUCUCUUUCCAACCCCCCCCCCCCCCAUCACCUCCCAGUGUGAAGUCUCAUUUCACAAACCUCACCCCAAGUAUUGCAGUUCCUCGAUCCCUUUGUUGAGUUGCUGGGUCCAGUUUCAUUUGCUCUUCCCCUCGUACGUGGAAUUUAACGAGCGUUAAAUGGGAUGGCUCAUCAGCACCAAACUCCCACUGCGAACGCUGCCUUCCAGCCCAUGUCCUGCACAAAAACCGAGCUGCCACCAGGGCUGGGGGCUCCCAGGAGCUGCGGGCAGCGGUGGGAAGGGAGCCCCAGACCCUCGGUGGGACUUGGGACGUGCAGCUGCAUUUUUGCCUUUUGCCUGGCUUCUUUUUUUUUUUUUUUUUUUGCAUCCUGCUGCUUUGCCACCCCGAAAACUCUGUGUUUCCAUUGCAGAAAACAGAUCUGGGGCCCAGAUCAACUCCAAGUUCUGAAUGGGUGUUUAGAAAUAAUGGUCUAGCCUUUUUUAUUAUUAUUAUUGUUAUUAUUAUUGUUGUUGUUAUUAUUAUUAUUAUUAUUAUUACUAUUUAAUGUUACUUUUUGCCUCGGGGUCCAUUUCUUCCCAAUACCCCCGUCCCGUACCGCCACCAAGGCAGGGAAUCGGCCGUGCACACCGUUGCUGAUGUCUCUCCUUGGUCCCUUUCAGCCUUGGUGCAGAUGUGGAGAGACCCGUGCCAGGAGCUUGGCUCCUGCCUGCUCCGAGGGGUCUCCCGCAUCUGCAGCCGUCAGCAGAGAGAGGUUCAGAGCCUUUAAGAAUGACUGACUUUAGACAAAAGCAGAAGAAACAAGACAUUGCUAACGCUUAGCAACCUCUUGUCCUAGCCUGCCUUUUUGCUCGAAGUUUUGAGAGUCAUGUUAGCUUUAAAAGGGGUUGUUAAUCUUGCAGAUGUUCUUAGCAUACAGUAUGGCGAACAACACCCUGAACGUGCCACCGAAACUUAAUGACCUGGAAUGUGAACAUGGCUUUUUCAGUAAGGAUGGCAAGAAAGAAUGGGUUUCAUUUGGUUCUGACACUGGUAAAACUUCAGUCCCCUUUCACAACCCUUGAGUUCAGUGGUUUGGAGAUCAGCUUUACUAAUCUAGUGCAUUGUUUCCAUACGUGUCACAAAAUUCAUUCUAUCUUAAGUGGGGGUAUAAGGAAAUCCGAUUGCUUUCUGGAGAAUUCACCCUUUGUAUGUGUAUAAAACUACAAAAUUGCACUAACUGCUAUAUUAAAAGUAAGUAAAUAAAAGCCCAAAAUUUUUACUAAGGAUUGAAAAAGGACUGAAUCCAGAUGUGUAGCAUUAGCAGUGCUAGGCAAGAACAGAAUGAAUUUUUAAUCUCUUCUGUCUCUGUAUAGCUCAGAGAUUUUCUAUGUACAACACAAAGCUACAAAAAAAAAAUAAUAAAAAGUUUUCCAGAAACUGCGCUUCAAAUUUUUGCUGUACUAUAGAAGCUCAUGAAGGACAACAUUACGAGUCCUAAUUUGCCUGCCUUAUAGACACAUUUCAUUGUAUUAAUAUUUUCUUAAACUUCCAGUUGCAUUGCUUUGGCUUUGGAGUUUGUUAUAGGCAGUCCUGUAUCCUGAGUUCUGUUCAAGUUUAAACUUAUGUAAACUAUUGACAGCACAUGCAAUGCAGUACUUAUCUAUAUUUUGCUGUUUUAGUAUGAAUAUGUACUCUGAUGCCAAUUUACAAAAAUCUGUUGUAAACGCUUAUUGUGUAACAGUAACCAAUAGUGGCAAUUAUAUGUCAUUCUAAAAGCUGCAAUACUUAUACAAUAAAUUUUACAAUACUUUGGAAAA